CAGAGCGAUCCAGUCAUUCUCAACCUGAGGGACUCUUAUACCAAGAAUUCAGCUCAUGAAUCAUGCAGACCCAAGGCUCCAGCAUAAAAUCACUCAUUUUUUCCAUUUUUUCCACGAGACGAAAAAGUUGGACAGUUAAUGCCAGGAGCAAUUGCAAAAAUAGGGAUAUUUUCUACCUUGUAAUGCUUUCAGGAACUACCCACUUCGCUCACAUUCUGUGAAUAGAUAGGAGAUUGGGAGCAUGAGUUAGGUGCAAAGUAAAGAAGAAUGGAAGAAAUGCACACCUUAAUUUCUCAGAAAUAAUUUCAUCUUGCUUGUGACCUCAUUUCCUGGAAAGUGCCUAGCCUACAGAGACAGCCUAUCAUUACCAGGUUCUUUUUUCUAAUCUUAUUAGGGUUGUAAAAAUUUUACAGCACAGAGGUCUUAGUGACAUACAGUUCACCACACUUAAGCUGUUGCUGGUAAUCCUCUUCUGUUUUACUCAAGACCACUUAAAACAAAGCUCAGGCUGAACGAAUAGUCUGUGGAAGCUGGCUGUCUCACCAAACAAUCAUCAUGAAGAACACAACAGAAGAUGACAUAUAUGCAUACGCACUGUCCAAGACACUUACAAAAGUCUCAUCACCUUUAACUGUGGGACUCUACGCUUCAUGUGAGAAUCGAAUCAACAUGAUCCUCAAACAAAUGCAAGUAUACAUGAAUGCAGAGGCUUCAAGGAUUGAGCAGGAAUAUGCAAAAGGAUCCAGGCCUCGUUCAGUUAAGCCUUCAUUUACCGGCUUUUUUGCACUUAUUGGACGACUGCUCUUCUACAGGCCAAUCUGGACAAAGGAGAACCAGCAGGAACGAAACGUCAGAUUCAUUUAUGUGCAUUUUAGUGCUUGGCAUUUUGCCGGUAGUGACCUGCUUUGGGCCGGGAUAGCUAUACGGCUGAUUGAGGCCAUGCAGAUGAACUUUGGAAAAUUACAACUUUUACUCUACCGUGUAGCUCAACAUGAUGAAGAAGAGGAAGUCAAGAACAAGAUUGUGGAGGAUGGUCCUAACCACUGGACUUCCAAGAAGAUUUGCUGCUGCCCACUGUGGCUUUUUCUCCUUUCCCUUCUGGUGGUACCACUUAUCAUCCUGAUUAUCCUGUUAACGGUUGGCUUUCCCAAAUUUGGACUGAAACCAGAUGAGGAGGUGGAUGACAGCAAUGGCCAGGUGGGUGUGCUGGAAGGCCUGGCAAUUGCCACAUUAGGGGUCCCUGCAGUGAGCAUACUGAAGUUUAUCAUUCUGAUGGGGAAGAACUUCAUCUUCAGCCAGACACUGAACAUUAAGAGAGGGAUGGACAAUGAGCGGCUCAGUGGUCAGUUGGGCUUCAUGAACGAAGUCAGGAUGGAAAUGUGGUGUUUGUCCCGCUUCAUCCAGUUUAUGGAGGUGUUCGAGAGGAGAAGGAUCCGAAUCGUGCUGAAUAUCACUAAUCUGGACCGCUGCUCUCCUAAGAAAAUUGUUGCAGUCCUGGAUGCUAUGAACAUUUUGCUUUCAGAUGAGGAGAGUCCAUUUAUUUCCAUUCUUGCUGUAAAUCCAGAAGUCCUUGUAGAGAAAGUGAACUUUGCAGAUGGAUGCUUGAGCAAAGAGGACAAAGCAUAUGCAUUGCUGAACAGCAUAGUGACUCUACCCUUCACAGUCCCACCACUGUCCAAUGAUUCAAAGCGCAGUUUACUUUACAGACUUAGUAGCAAGUCAAAAAUUCAAGAAGAUUCUCCCACAGUUGAAGUCAAACACAGAGAAAUUACUUAUUCCUACGAUUCCUCCAGUUCGUCUCUAGAGAAGGUUACAUCUGAAGCAAAGGAGAUGUAUCCUCUGAUCAAUACAAAAGCAGCAAUGCUGGAUAUAAAAGAUGAACUAGAUAACUUAAUCAGGAGCAUCCUAAGCAGCAAUGAAAGGAAUCUAAGCAAGUACAUGUUGGAUGAUGUCAUGUCAAUGAGAAGAGUGAUCAACUCUAUUCGAGUAACUGUGAUAAUCAUGAAGGCCUUAAACCUAGAGCUUCCUCAACCAGAAUACAUUGCAGCAUGGGUGAUCCUAGCCAAUCACUGGCCCUGCCGACUCAGCUGGAUCCUCCAGUGUGUGGAAGAUGCUCAACAAAGGGCAGAUAUUGAUGGUGAGGCUGGGCCCAGCGAUUAUGAUUCAAAGACCUUAUGGCAAGUCUUCACUGUGUCCCGAGCAGAGCUGUAUGUAAUGAGUGGACAGAUUGAGGACUUCCUGGAUCAGGAUGGAGAUGCUGAGCUGUUUGAAAAUCUUCUCAAAGUAGAUUUCCAGUUCAAGGUAAAAGACUUGAAGACAUUUGAAGCAGCGACAGUGAACCUAGAUCAUUCAAUUAAGAAUGAGCUGGCUCACAUCAGAGGGACAUCCAGGCUGAAAGAUUCUGGUUGGAUGAGGAAUCUAGCUCCACUGCCAAUCACAACGCUCAUUAAUAUGGAGACGGAGGAUGUAUGUAAAGAGCUGGAGAGGAUGCAAUACCGCAGUAAGUACAUCGACAUUGUGAAAAGCAAUGACCUCAACGGGUCAGCGCUGGUCUUCGGCGAUGUGGAAGACCUUAAAGACCUCCUACAAAUGACCUUUGGUGAAUGGGCAACAUUCAGACUGCACUUCUUGGGGUUUCCAUCACAUCUGCGACCACAGUACAAAAACAUGGCAACAAUACCUUCCCAAUCCAAUUACCAGUUAUCAAAAUUCCAACCUCAGGCUUCUCAUCAUUAUCUGUCUAAUCCCAAUCUGGUUAACAAGUAACAUGGAUUCAAUCUGUCUCCAGAAAAUUGUGCACAUAUAAUUAUAACAUGUUUAUACUGCUGAAUUAAUUAAAAAGCCAGAUAAGGACUUUCAAAUCUAUAUGCUAUGUGAAGCUAGCUAGCAGGUAAUUAGCAUAUCAUAGCAUAAAGGCUAAACACUUGUUUGUCACAGAACUAAUAACUAAUAAAACCCACAAAUUGACUUUUUCAUAUUCCCAGUUUUGCAUAGAUUAAACAAGCAGGGUGCAUCAUGUUUAUUAGUCACUUUGAGAGCCUUAAAUUUUUUUAGCAGAGCUAGCCGUUUUCCCUUAGUUGCUCCUGGUCUGUUUCCUAUGCCAGCUUAAUCACCUUUCUGGCUCCAGCGCCUUAUUUUUUGCACCCAGACAUGGGUUUGCUAUAGAUUCUGGCCAGAAAGAAGAUAAGUGUUUUCCCAAAUGACAAACAAGCCCUUUAUGUCCAUUAGCUUAUCUGAUUGCUUCUGAUUUUAUUGAUGAACUCUGCUUUGUUUAGAGGUUAGAUUAUUUACUACAGUUUGUCAGGAAAUCAUCUGUAAACCAGUUAACUGUCCCCCACAGACCUCUUCUUGAGCAGGCUAUUUGUGGCUUUUCCAUUACAGUAAGCUGAACAGUAUCACUGUGUUUAACAUCUCAAUCUGAGUUAAUGGCCGUGUCACUCAACGCCAUGACUUCUAAACUCCUCUUCAGUUCUCUGCGAGAUCUCAUUUGCUCUCUCCUCAAACAUGUUCGACCUGUUCUCCACAGUGCCCUCGAGGGAUUUUAACUCUUCACGCCCUGUACUUUCACCUGCUGCUCAGUGCCGGGCUGAGCCAUUAAUCUUUAAUCACAAUGAACUGCCUUCGGUUCGGUUGUGCUUUAUUUGUAAUGAGUAGUCUAUCUGAGCUGGAUAGUUUGAGUGUAUCACUUUAUCCUAAACUUUUUUUAUUUUUAAUACAUACAGUUCAUUAGGUUUAGGAUGAAGUUAUGGAAACCAACCACUGACUUGUAGCUCAGACACAAUAGAUUAAAAACAACAACAAGGAAAAGUCAGUGGUUUUGGUCAUUGGACUCUUUUUUUUUUUUUUUUUUUGCAUUUGAUGACCAAUAGCAAGUAGCAGCUGCAACCAGAGGCUCAAUGUUGCAACAUGCUCAACCUGUGGUGGACUGCAUUUGUCCACAAGGCAAUUGCACAAGUCACCUGAUGGGAGGCAACCUGUCUCUAAACGAUGACUGACUCAGAUUGAAUGCAAUCACUCUCAAACAGAUUGGUGGAGGUUUACAAAUAAUUGUUAUAUAAAUGCAGAGAGAUCGCCAACACAUUCAUCAUUAGAGCUCAUGAACACAAAUCAUCUGCAUGGGAUAUUUUUGCAAUGCAGGAUUUACCUCAACUGCUUGCCAACUGGUUGUAUUCUGGUUAUGGUCCUAUAUCAAAAAUAGGUUUUCAUUUUGCAGUUAAAUUGAUGUCUUGGAGCAACUACGUCACUGUGGUUGAAAUUCGAUUUCUAUUUACAAGGUUGUUGCUGGACUCUGAAUAGAAGAAGUGAACGUGCCUUUCUAUGUAUGCAGAUGGCAACAGAACUGCAAUUUUCUCCCAUUUAUCACAGAUUGCAUGCAUGUAUUUGCCAACUUGACAGCAAUCAGUCACAAACUGAUGCAGAUGGAGAGUAAACUGACUUGAUGCACCAAAGUUACUCUGAGGACAGCGACUGACUUCAAGUGGUCAAAGCAAUGAUUUCAAAGACAAGAUCGGAAAGUCAUUGCAGACUAUCGCAAUAAUCCCAGUCAUGCCGAAGUGUGACUGCAGCAUUACAACAGUCAUACAACAGUCAGGUCCGAAUAUGUCAUCCUAACUUAUUUACACCUUAUAAAAUUGUAAGUAAUGUAUGAGUUAACAUUCAUGAAAGAUUUCAUUUCAGUCUAAAGCAACCACAUUGCGGUUAUUCAUGCAUGUCUUAUUCCAUAAUAAGGACCACAUUAGUUAAAUAAUAAUUGAGCAGUCUGUUAAACAUGAACUCUUUUUGUAAAUUCCUUGUCAGACCUUACCUAGAAAUUAAACUAUUUAAUUUAGUGUAACCGAAAUGAAUAAUUACGCUCAUAAUGUCAACUUGAGGAAGAUGAUUCGAGCAAAGCUAACUGUAGUGUUGCCUAGAUACCAUUUCAAUGUCAUCUGCUCCAGUGUGAGGUGGCAAAUGUAAAAGUAACAUAAUGAAAGCUGUGAAACAUACAGUCUACUUAGAGAUUUAACUAUCAUUAUCCUGUAUUUAUCUACCUUAUUGUAAUGUAAGUUAAGUCUUUACAUAUUUUUAUUGUUACUAUCUUGUUGGAUUGCCUUUUUUAUUCUGUAUUAUAACAUUUAUUCUAUGAAAAUCUGUGAAUGUUGAAAAUGAUCUGUUUAAAGUGCCUAUGCCACAAGUUUUAGAAACUUAAGCUGUUUUAUUGAGUGAAUAUCAGCUAAUGUUAAAAAAAGAGGAUUGGUUGGACUUCAUCUUUUCAAUUUUUUUAUUUUUUUUUUACCAAAGGAUGAAUCCUAUUGCUGUUCUUGAACCCCAUCAACUCUGGCACCACCAGAGGGUUUUUGCUUUGACGUCUAAAAUUGUAUUCCAUGUCCCACAGGAACUGCCACCAAACUUCAGAGCUUUUCUAGUUCCAGGGCAAUGUAUUCAAAUGAUUUUAGUAAUACUAUUGCUUUUCAUUCAUUGUCACAUUCAGGUUCACACUGGUGGCGAAAGAAAUAUCUCAAAAAUUAUUGGAUCAUUUGAAAGUUUGUGACAUUAACAUCAACAUCAGGAUGAAUACUCAGUGGGGUGUCGCGGUGAAUUUUUCAUCUGUUGCCAUCAUUACAAGAAUGUUUAAUACUGUAGAAUAACUCAAUCAGUGACAACAUGUCUGUGAAUGAGAGUCCCAUUAGUCUUCAUCCCAAUGUCAUUGUAACGUCUGAUAUACGUACUCUUAUACUUGGCUACCUACUAAUCAAAGGUUGACGCUGUUUUGUGUUUGUUUGUUUGUUAGUUUGUUUAUAUCACGUCCUGUCCGGGAGCUUUGCAAUCAGAAUUGCGAUCUGAAUGCAUGGUGGUGCCAAACACAUUUAGACAGUUGGAUUUUAUCUUUGCACCGUCUGAAAAGACAUGAACAUGUUUGGCGUACAUACACUCAUCAGUCCAUAUUGAUAUGAUAGCAUCAGAGAUUGAUGCAGAUUUUGCGGCUGCACAUCCAUGAUGUUAAUCUCCUGUUUCACCACAUCCUAAACUUGCUCUAUUGGUGAGAUCUGGUGACUGUGGAGUACAGAUAACUCAUUUUCAUUUUCAAGAAACCAGUCUGAUGUGAUUUGAGCUUUGGAACAGGCUGGAAGCAGCCAUCAGAUGGGCGCACUGUGGUCAUAAAGGGACUGACAUGCCCAGCAACAGUAUUCAGGUAGACGGUGGCAUUUAAGGGAUGUGAAGUUUGUACUAAGGUGCCCAAAGUGUGCAAACAAAAUAUUCCACAACAGCACACCACCACCAUCAGACUGCAACUUUGAUACGAGGGUUUUGAUCAAUGCUUUCAUUUUUUUUUUUUUCACUUAACUUGACAGUGAGUGUUUUUGAAAUAAAAGUCACGAUGAUGUAUU